ACAGCCAGCCAGCAGUGAGUCCAGCGGGGGCACGUCACGCGUCUCUCCAUGGCCGUGCAUCGAACGACAAAUAUGCACACACCACACCACACCACCCUACGUAUAGACCCAGCUGACCAUCGCAUAGAUAGCGCUUCAGCUCUCAUCCUUGACCUGCCGGCCAGUCAAUCAAAUCAGUCACCCCGAGUCGCUCUUGUCAUCCCCAUUGUUGCCGUCCAUCAUUAUGUUCGGAAAAAAGAAACCUCCCGCCUUUGGUGUCUCCAUCGUCUUCCGAAUGGCCUUCCUGCACAGGUCCACCACACACUGCUGGGUCUGCUUCAGCGUGAAAGGCUUGGGACACACCUGAGGACACACACAAACGUAUUUCUUCAUUCUCGUGAACUCGAGCCGGCAGGACCAGCCAUCUAUACGCCCCACCGUAUCGAAGAGUGCUAAGUCGGCCGGCUUGAUGGCCGACGUGUCCUGGGCUGACGAUUGGACCACAAAUAGAAUGACCGGCGGAGUUGCCGGCCGAUCGCUGUCAGCCAAUCCCUGACCUGAGUGCAUAGAAAGGGCGUUGGAUGCUCGUCUAGAAGAUGUCUCUACAUCUGUCUGUUGCCUUACUGAGCAGUGUAGUCACUGUCUCUGCUGUGAAUGGCGCCAGCUCUGAGGGAACGCCAUUCUCGAUCAUCCGCAGCGCCCUGGUGGCCUCGAUACCGUCAAGAUUGGGCAUUUCGAGGUCCAUCACCUACACACACAUAUGUGACGUUUGCACAAAGUCUUUGCAUGUCUCUGUGUUGUGCGUGCAGCAACUUACCACUAGAACAGGGAUGGGAGGUGAGUCGAGGGAAUCGUCAUCAUCACCAGAGGUCGCUUGUGCCUUUCUCGUUUUGGCGUAUUCGUCGAUGAGCGAGAAGACACACUGGAUGGCCUCCACACCGUCACUCGCUGUCAGAAUCCGCUUCUCAUCCUUCACCUGCACACACACGCACAUGUGCGCACACAUGCCUCUUCCGAAUCGUCCGUCCUUUUCUGGCAGACCUGACUGACCAGUCUCUGUGCAUUCUUCUGCAAUACGAAUCGAUUCAUGCCCUCGUCAUCACAAGCCAGUAUUCUCAAUCUCGAAGCGAAAUCGUCGGCCAGCGCAGCCCUCAGGGCCGAGUUCAUCGACAUGGGCCCCUCGUCGUCUUCACUCCCCUCUCGCAGACACUCUCGCAAAACCCUUCCUAGGUCGCUUCCGCCCUUCUCCUUUUCCCUGUCUUUUUCUCUCUUCGUGUCGUCUUUUCUCGGAGCUUCAUACUCGUCUGCAACCUUGUCCUCGACUGGAGAGGCUGCUGCCGGCGAAGGCUGCUCUUCGCGUGGAUUUCUUUGCCCGAUCUGGGGGGUAGGGGGUUCUGAGACUGGGGUUUGUUGCAUCGGGAGGUUGGUGCUGUCGGAGGUGAAGCGGGCGCGGCAGGGGAAGGUGAGGAUGAAGGUGGUGCCUUUGCCUAUCCCCUCCGACUCUGCUCUUGCAUCGCCGCCCAUAUCAAGCAUGACGCCUCGCGUGACAAAGAGCCCGACACCUGCGAAGAGACACAGCACCCAGGGGGAGAGGAAGUACGGGUGUCAGAAGAUUGAAUGACAUGAGUCUCCCACUGUUGUGUGUGUCAGAUACCAGCGCCGAGGAGACUGUCCGCGGCAGUGGCGUGGCUAAACUCAUCAAAAACCGUGCUCACUCUCUCGGACGGUAUGCCUUCAAAAGCCAGCACACGAUGGCACCGCAUCCUGUUUUCUUCCUUUCCUGGUUGCUGCACUCACCUCUCCCCGUGUCCUUGACUCUCCACCUGCCAGUAGUCAUCCGGUGAUUCCUCCCGAGAGGGAGCAGACAGCGAUGGCGCCUCCUCAUCCGUCCUAUAUUUCACUGCCCUCCCUCCCGCAUCCGUCGACUUCUCUUUGAUCGGUUCCUCUUCAAUUACCUUGAGCUUGACCGCACUGGACGAUAUGGGAAUGGAGACAUGCGGCGCCGAGUGGUCACUGAGGUCCACCUUAUCCGACGCAACAGACUCUCCGGAAGGAAGUCUCUUGAUGGUCGACCCGGUCAGCUUCUUGACGUUGUCCCUGAGCUGGAUGCCGCUGUAGAUGGACUCCGUGAUGGGGGCGGACAGAAGAGACCAUUGCCUCCGCUCGAGCCUCCGCUGGGGCGGGGGGCCUUGCAGUUGUGUGGCGGCAAAGUACACCGUGAUCGAUCCACCAUCGCUUGUGAAUUUGACAGCGUUGUGCAGCACGUUGUAGAGGGCGAAUCCCAACCGAGGGCCGUCGACGUAUGCCAACGUUGGCAGCGAUUCUCUGCCCUCCACCUACCGAGACAUGAGGAAGAUGCAGGCGCACAGGUGAGGUGAGGCGCGAGGGUUGCUUGCACGUCGCUACCUUGAUGUCUAGGUGUUUCCUUCGUAUUGCUGGCAUUGAUGACUUGACGACAUUGUCCAUAACAUCCCGAAGUGGCGUGCGCUGGAGGUGCAGCUCAUGGCCCUCUCGGUGGCUGCUAAUCUGCAUAUCAACCAACACAUGGAUUGUGUCAGGUCUCCCUCGUGCCUCACUGACCUGUAGGAGGUUAUUUGCAAGGGCCAAGGUUGUUUGUGCCGAUGUGAGUAGGACAUCCAGGUACUCUUCUAUCUCCUUCCUCUCCCUCUGGAAGCGCUCCUUGUCCUUGGAAAACAGGCUCACGAAGUCGUCGCGCACAAGCGAAGCGCAAUUAAUCACGCUGUUCAUUGGCGUCCGGAUGUCAUGCGCAAUGCGGCGGAAGACGGCUGUCUGCCGCUUAAUCAGUUUCUUCACUUCUUCGGAUUCAUUCUUUAUCGCCUCGUUGGUCUCGAGCACACACGCCCUCUCACUUUCCAAGUCGGCCACGUACUUGUCCAAUUCUCCUCCUCUGUGGAAGGCCGCUCGCCUCUGGUACGCCGCAUCCAUGGUCGAGGCGAGGAGACACACAGCGAUGAUGAUCCAGCAGGCGACUUGGACCAGGUCCCGAAGCACCGUGACCUCGCCCAUCGAUACGUCUAUGAUGGCUCGGCCGACGAUGGACACGACGGAGAAGGAUAGAGCGCAGAAGGUGGCCUCCCGGAUCGCCAGCCAGGAUGCAAACAAAUGUGUGAAGAAGAGCGUGUGGUUCUACACAGCAUCGGAAGCCAUACAUUUCUCCCUUUGCGGCUUCUGAAGCAAAUGCUUACGAACGAGAUGAAGAAGUCGGGCUCCUUGGCAUCGGAAGCCUACAAAUGUAAUAAGAUAUCAAACACAUUUGUAUGGUUGGUUCCGCUCACAAGGGGAGCGGGAAAAUUGUUUUGCACUGAAGGGGCGAGGAACAGCGAUAGGGUUGUCAUGCAGAAAGCCGCGUACUGAACGAGCCACUUGCGCCGAUUCCAAAAGAGCAGGAAGGACAUGACGAGCGCGAAAUGAAUAGCUCCAGCAACAGCGACCAUUGCUUCCCCCGACGCGCCGCUCCCUGCAAC